AAUUUGAACCCUAUUUAAAAACUUUGGAAGAAACUCCACAUUCAGAUGAUAAUGCCAUCGAUGCUAUAAAGGAAUCUAGUAUUGAAGCUAUGAAAGCUGCGACGCGCCGAUACUCUAGGAAACAAAUUAGAUGGAUUCGUAAUAAAUUGCUACUUAAAUGUCAAGAAAGUAAUUUGAAUGAUACAGAUGUCAAUUGCGCGG